UAAGCAACAAGAACAGCUCAGAGUGAACGAGAAGAGAAGAGAAGAAGAGAAGAGAUCAGAUCAGAUCUACCCUCGCAGUAAUCGCACAGACGUGCCCAGCAGUUUCAUUGUAAAGAUGAACAGCUUCGUGGAAGUGAACAAUCUGCAGCCUACCUGGUUCGAGGGGGAGUAUUUCGACCAGUAUGAAUAUUACAACCUGAGCGAGCGCUACUGCGUGGCCUCUUCGCGGAAGGGCCGGUCGAAGAAGGAGGCGAGCGAGAAUACGAACCGACCAAACCCCGCCGGACACGAGAGAAAACUGAGCGAAAAACUGCAACGCAGCGAGAAGAAAGCGAGGAGGCAGUGAGGAGGCGAGAACAGAGAGAGAGGUUCAAAAGCCGAUCCUCACGGACAGACAAACUCGUUACUGACGCACUGCCGCGAACUGGACACGAACGAGAGAGGGAUGAGAGAGGGAUGAGAGGGAUGAGAGAAACGCCCUCGCUCUGAAAGACUGGAACCCGAUUCGAAGAUAAAAGCAGACGGGCUCUCCCUCUAUUCAGAGAAAUCUUGGCGAUUCACGUUUGAGAAAUGUGAAGUGUUUGAACAUAUUUACAGGACAGUGGAGAGGGUAGUAUAACGAUGUAUUGAGCCCUCUCCUUAGUUUUACUGAUGUUGUUUACGCUAUAUUGUAUUCAAAUGUUUUUUUUCAUUCUAAGCAUAGACGACCCUGAAUUGAAAAUCCAAGCAUUUAUUUUGAAAUAUUGCAAGCCCUGCAUGUUUGGGGUCCGUUGUUUUCGUCUAGCAACUUGCUGGUGUCUGAAUGUUAUAAAGUGGAAUAAAAUUAAUUGGGAAAGAA